AAAAGCACUAUGGCUCUCAGGCUCAGUAAGCUGCUACGGCAGCCCCGGUGGACCGAUUCUGCCUACCAUGAAGCUCAUUCCUUCAGUACAUCCUCAGCCAUCUUCUCCGGUCACAACAAAUGGUCCACAAUCAAGCAUGACAAGGCCAGAAACGACAAAGCAAAGAGUAGAGAACGCCAAAUAGUGGGCAAGGAGAUUGCCAGUGCUACACAGAUGUGGGGACCCGACACGAAGUAUAACCCUCGUCUAGCUCUUGCGCUAUCGAAUGCCAAACGAGCCUCCAUCCCGAAAAUCAUUAUUGAGGCAGCAAUUGCACGCGGUCAAGGACUGAGUGUUUCUGGCCAAGCAUUGGAAUCCGUGACGAUUGAGGCUAUGUUCCCUGGUUCGGUAGCUGCGGUGGUGGAGUGCCAAACAGAUCAGAAGGCGCGCGUGCUACAGGACAUUCGCUACAUGAUCAAGGACAACGGUGGGACUGUCACUCCGACUACAUUCCUCUUUGAGAGAAAAGGAAGAGUCGUUAUGGAGAAGAAAGAUGAUGCGAAUGCAGACGACUUCUUGGACCAGGCAAUCGAAGCGGGAGCAGCGGACAUCACGACCGAUGAUAAGGGUCGUCUUGUGAUCUUGACUGAUCCGUCGGAGACGAAAACCGUUGGCGAGAGUUUUGCAAAACUGUCAGGUCUCAACAUUGAGGAACUGGAGAUCUUCUGGGAUCCCAAUAGAGAUAGUAUGGUCGAGGUCAAAGAUGAAGAACAGGUGAAAGACCUUGAAGAUCUCUUGAGCGCGUUGCGAGAAGAUCCCAGCGUUCAGGAUAUCUAUCUAAACUCGACGGAGAAGUUCUAG